AAUCCGAAGGGAGUCCGGAAGCCGUGUCGCCGACUCGCCGUAGUGCUCGGGAUGUGUUGUUGUAGACAUGGUGGUGGUCGGAAACGUUGAAACUGGAAUAAGCAGAUAUAAAACCAGAAUAUUUGCAGAGAUAUAUGCUAACAGAAAACGCAACUAAUUAAAAUAAUAAGAGGGAGCAAGUCCACACACUCCACUUCACCACUACGUCUUGAAUGCUGUACCAAGAACCACUCUGCAAGUCAUGCCACUGUGAUGAAACAAUUUAGGGCAGGAUGCAGUCCUCAGGCCACCGACUGCGCGACAUUGAGCAGCACCACCCACUGCUGUCUGCCGGCGGGGACGUGGAGGCGGGGACCCUGGACGCCGGUGUGAUGGUCGGGGGCCCCCACCACAACAACCACGCGGGCCCCAACCCUCACCACACGUUAUGGUUCAUCCAGGACGGCUGUGGCAUGGUGUGCGCGGGCAUCACCUGGUUCCUGGUGUUGUACGCCGCCUUCGUGGUCAACUUUGUCAUGCUGCUGCCCGCCAAGAACUCCUGGUACCCACUGCUCAACGGGGCCGUUUUCAACACACUGGCCGUGCUGGCGCUCGCCUCGCACAUGCGCACCAUGCUCACCGACCCGGGUGCGGUCCCCAAGGGAAAUGCCACUAAGGAGUACAUGGACAGUCUGCAGCUGAAGCCAGGCGAGGUCAUCUAUAAAUGCCCCAAGUGCUGCAGCAUCAAGCCUGAGAGGGCACACCACUGCAGUAUUUGUAAAAGAUGUAUCCGGAAGAUGGACCACCACUGUCCAUGGGUCAAUAACUGUGUGGGAGAGAAGAAUCAGAGAUUCUUUGUGCUUUUCACGAUGUACAUAGCCUUGAUAUCCGCCCAUGCCCUUGGCCUCAGUGGCAUGCACUUCUUCACCUGCGUUAAAGUCCAGUGGAACGAGUGCAGUGACUUCUCCCCGGGCGUGUCGGUGCUGCUGCUCAUCUUCCUCUGUCUGGAAGCUGUCCUCUUCCUCACCUUCACCGCCGUCAUGUUCGGCACCCAGCUCCACUCCAUCUGCAACGACGAGACGGAAAUCGAGCGCCUUAAGAACGAGAAGCCGACGUGGGAGCGGCGCGUGCGCUGGGACGGGAUGCGCUCGGUGUUCGGCGGCCCGCCCUCCCUGCUGUGGUGCAACCCCUUCAACGGCCUGCGCUUCCACCGCCUGCUGCUGCUCAGCCGGGGCCGCCGCAGCGGGGCCGAGUUCGCCGUCUGAGACCCCAAGAGGGGCCCCGGGUCACGCCCCGCCCCCGACUGUGUGUCGGGGGGGGUUGGUCUGAGCGCCUGGGUCUGUGUGUGAGGGCGUGUUGAUUGUGGUUGGGAGUCUGGCGGAUGCGGAGGUGGUUCUUCCUGGGGGGGGGGGGCGGUCUUCCGUGCUGGGAGGGCUGAUGACGGGGCCCCUGGGUCUUGAGGCCCCUACCACUGGUAGUGUGGCGUGUUUGUCAUGUACACGGUUGUAUGUGUAGGAGAGGCAGAAGGAGAGUACAACUUCUUUUUUUUUUAAGCGGCAACGAGCGGUUCGCUUGCUACGCUUCAGUGUCAUCGGUAGAAAGUGGACUCAGCCCUCACCCUGCGUAAUACUUUGACUCUUUUUGUCGGCUACAGCGACGUGGCUCCGGACGACCGUUCAACUGCCUCUGUUCUCUUUUAGAGGGACGUGUAUGUCUUGUGGGAAGCUAGUUGCCAGGAAACCAAGGACGGAAGAAAGACCUAACCGAAGACUCAAAGAUGACAUACCUCGCAAAGUCUUUGUCCUUACACACCAACCGUAGCCACACCACCUCAAACGCAGCCCGUCAUGAUGGUGAACGCUGGAUCUGCAUGUGAACAUCUCAGUGCUCCCUAAUGUGUCAGUUGAAUGAAAUAAUAAAAAAAAAGACUGUGAAUGCAAUCCUCAUUCUCAUGUUAAGAGGACUGAGCAAUCUCCCUUUUGACGUUGCUGUUCAUCCUCUUCUGUUUUAAGCCCCCUUCGCAGUGACCUAUCGCCUGUUUGACAUCAAGCCAUUAUCGCCCACUGCUGGAUCAUCAUUUUUGGCUGUCGGUGGUUGCUUGUCAUCUCUCAUCACGAGGACAUGGUCAAGAAAUCACCACGUGAAUCGCUGGAUAUUACGACUUUGAAACUCUGUAGAUCAGCUGACCCUCUCCCUGGAUUUCAUUGGUCCACAAUAUCUGUUUGUUUUAGUUUUUUUUAAUGGUCUUCUCACUAAAUCAGUCGCCACUUCGAAUGAGUGACAAUUCGAAUGAACACAAAUCUGUUGUCUCUGUCCCAACAGUUUACAUUCAGACAAACUAACAAGCUGGAAGGUAAAUUGGUUUCUUUAGAGGAGUUGUGUUGUGAAAGUGAGUGUAUUCCAGUGGCUUUUAGGCCUCCAUAUGUCAACAGAUCAGCUGUGGUAGAAUGACUAAUUCUAACAAUUUGGUGAAACCUGAACUCUGUGGAUCAUAUGAAGAGAUAUACAUAGCCUUUUAAUAUAUACAAAAUAUUUAAAUAAUUAUUUCACACUGUUUGAAUUUGCAGCGAUUAAGAGCUGCUAAAUUUGCCACAUAGGAAGAUUUGCUAGUCAGAUCUCUCAGAUGAUGGUGCCCUGACCCUUCAGUACCCUGUGACCUGACCUGAUGGAUAUGCCACUAGGCUUUAGUAUUGAUUAGAUAUCGGCAUUUAUGCAAAUGCUUGUCUCCCUCCCUACUUCCCCGUCUUAAAAUGGAUCCGGGUUCUCUUAUCGACUGUAUUAUUAUUAGAAUCUGAUGUUCCCUUUUAAUUAUUUUGCUGAAGCCCAAUCUACAUUCAGCAUGGAUACCAUUGUACAUAGUUGGUGCAUACAGUGUUGUGUUCUGACUCAAAAUAAUAGACCCUCACCACUCUACAGGACAUAGCAGAUCCCUGUCCGAUGCACCACGCCACAGGUAAAACGUACGUUCAACAGUGACAUUUACUCUCAGAGUUGUAUAUUGCGGUCUGUUUAUCAUUGUAGGUUUUUUUAAGAACAGGUAGGAUCUCAACUUCACUGUUUACACUCAAUGAUGUAUGGGAUCCGACCAGAUCCUCUGACGUCAAAGUGUCACAGAGAGAGAACGUAGUUUAUAACAAAUGUAUUUUUGUUUGUGGAAGAAGGGAAACGGGGGGGAGCACCACUGGGAUGUCCUGCAGACGGGGCCUCUGUUCCUCGCUGGCCACCCCUAUACAUGCAGUACAAAGGGAUUUGAUGUCUAACUGACACUCUUCAGAUGAGAUUAAGAUUAAAAUCAGAUUACAAUCGCUCCUUUAAAGAGAAUGACCAUAUACUCUACUACACUGUGCUCAGCAGGUUGUUCUCAGCAGUAAUGUCUUAUAUUCUACUUGAAAUCACUCUUUAAAGAAAAAGACAUUAACAAAUUAUUAAGAAUUUGAAAGCAUAUCGUUCAUGAAACUGGAACGAUUGAUAAGCAAGGUCAAUAGCUAAAGUCUGCAAGGAGACUUUCCGCAGUCCAGUGUUGCCUCUGAAAGGCGAAUAACUGAAAGGUAUUUACAAUCGCACAACAGUAAUGAAAUGAGAGGCCAUUUUGAGAACAGCCACAGCCAAUCAUGGGCUUUUUAUUAAAGUAAUUAAACGUGAGAUGUCAAAACUAAAGACCUAUUGGUUAGCCAAGUGAAAGCAUACAAUGCAGAAUAUAUUGACUAGAUUCAAAUAAUUUAUAGACUAUCUUUUUGGUUGACGGUUAUAAUUUGGGCAGCUUGAAUAACUUAUAAAAAUAUAACUCUAUAGCUAUGUAUGUGUUUCAUAUCCAGAAGUGGAUCAAAACUGAAGGAUUCAAAUUAAAUGAACGCUUAAGGAAUUCAAAUUGUUUUAUUAGAAUCACAAAUUAUUUAAGAGAAUGAUGAAAAUUUCGCUUUAUAUAAUAUUCAGAUUACCCAACGAUAUACAUAUGGAAUGUGUAAUUGGUGUUUUUUUUAUAAAUGAUCUUUAUUGUCUUGUUUUUCAAUAAACGUGUUUCCUUUAAGGUA